GACGGAUAAGUCAUAUCGUUGGCAAAACCAUUGCAGUGACAUAAAAUUGUAACGUAAAUAUCGUCUAUCGGCGGUAGUAUAUUUAAAAUCUCUGUUUAUGAUGUUCGGCAGAGAUAGUGCAUCUCAGGUUGUACCCCUCCCAUUGAUAAAAGCAGAGAGGAACUCUCCACUGAUUUCCGCUCCAUACAGAGUUGUUCCACAGCAAACCAUGGAUGAUUGACCGACCGAGGAGUCCGAUGGGGAGACAGGCGGCGGCGAGCUGAGUGAUAGUUCGAUUUUGUUAUUUUUGAAAGGAAGCAAAAAAAAAAUGCCCUCGUCCACUGGGAUUGCGUGUGAAUGGGUGCCAGUUCCACUCGAACCGGUGCUGUGAGCGGACGCACCGUUUGAACUUUUUCGUGUAUCGUGUGUUUACUUCUAACUUGGACCAGGGCGAUCGAAGACCACGUACCCCCGGUCGGUCGGUCUUGUGUUGAGACGUGAGUUGAUUCGUUAGUUUACUGCAGCUCAACAACACCGGAUGUCGGAUAAAAGGACAUGUGUUUUCGCUUGGCGCCGGCAAACACUUGAUGCCGUCGAUUUGAACAGAAACGGAACUUAAUCCCCAAGCGUUCUAAAUUGAGGAGGAAUAGACGCCCGGCGAGAUUAGUACCAACCAGAUUAGCACUGCCAUAUGGCCUUGCGUCCGGUGGAGGCCACUAACGGGGGGCGUAACAGCGGCUAGCUCCGAACAGCACACGAAAGAGAUUAAAACCUAACAAACAGCAGCGGCAUCGUGUCACAGUAGAAUGAAAAUAUUAUUUCGCAAAAAAUGCGGCUUCCUGCUGCUGUUAGUGUUUGGGCUGAUGUUCAUUUUCUGGAACAAUUUCUACCUGUUCCACGAGCCGAUAAUCAAACGAAAGGUAGACGACCUUAACCAGACGACCAGUUUGGCGCUCAUCUACAGCAGCUGGCGUGAUCUGGCCAAACCCUCCGCACUCAAUGGGACGAUUCGCGUUCGCAACGGCUCUUCCGUCUACCAGCGGCAUUACUUCGACUUGGAUCGCAGCGACCGCAUAGGCGUCGAUCGAACGCUGCCGGACACGCGACAUGCCAAAUGUAAAUCGCGCGAGUUUCAGGUUUCCCCCGAGCGCUCUACAUCUGUGAUAAUAACGUUCCACAACGAGGCCACCUCUGCGCUGCUGCGAACCAUCACCAGUAUCCUGAAGCGCACCCCAUCCGAUCUGCUUCGUGAGAUCAUCGUUAUCGACGAUUGCAGCACCGCGCUCGAGAACGACCUCAGCUUCCUGGGACAGUUGCCUUUGGUACGAUUUCAUCGCAACUACGUGCGGGAAGGAUUGAUUCGUUCCAGGAAUAUUGGGGUAGCCUAUGCCCGCGGAGAUUACGUCGUGUUCCUCGAUAGUCACUGCGAGGUGAAUCGAGGAUGGCUGGAGCCGCUGAUAGAUCGGCUCACGAUCGGUCCCACUGCGGUGCUGAGUCCGAUCAUCGAUGUGAUCGAUCCGGAUACGUUCGAGUACAGACCGAACUCGGCACGGCUGAGGGGUGGAUUCGAUUGGAGUUUACGAUUUCGGUGGCUCCCAGUGGCACAGGAGGAACUGGAACACCGGAGCUAUGAUGAAUCGUUGCCAUUUUUCAGUCCGGCCAUUUCGGGUGGAAUAUUCGCUGUUGCCAAAAAGUUGUUCCAACAGCUGGGUGGCUUCGAUAAUGGGCUGGAGAUUUGGGGUGGGGAAUCGUUGGAGUUCUCCCUGAAAGCAUGGCUAUGUGGGGCCCACGUGGAAGUCGUUCCAUGCUCUCGAAUUGGGCAUGUAUUUCGCAAGAAGCAUCCGUAUGGAUUUCCACAGGGAAGUACCGCUACCUAUCUUAGAAAUACUAAGCGCAUUGCCUCCGUUUGGUUGGAUGAGUUCCAAAGUUUUUUCUACCAGAUGCGUCCGGAGGCAAAUUCGCUGAACGUAGGUUCUCUCCAAGAUUUGAAGACUUUGAAGAGACAGUUGAACUGUCGUAAAUUCAGCUGGUAUUUGCAGAAUGUGUUUAUCGAUUUGAAGUUACCAAACGAGAAUAAUGUUGCCUUCGGUCAUCUGCGGCACGGUGAGCGAUGUCUAGAUGUGAAGCCAAAAUAUAAGAAAUCUCGCAGGCGUAGUCAGCUGACGAAGGAGAAUGAUGUGGUGCUGAUUGAUUGCAAUCGGGAGGAUAUGGACAGUGCGAGCAAGUGGUCGUUGAAUAAAAAAAGUGGCCAACUCAGUACCGACUCGGGUGCGUGUAUGAAUGUGAAGGAAGGAUUGGUGCUGCUGGAGCAAUGUUUGGAGGGUGAGACGGGACAACGGGAGCAGCGCUGGGAAAGGAUUGGAGGGACACUGAUUCACAGCGAAAGUGAAAUGUGUUUGGAGAAUCUCGUCGGAGCGGAUGUUGGUGCUAGCGAGUGUCGACGGGGAGCUCCGAGUCAACUGUGGAGUUUUUCGGUCGAAAUACAGCAUUUAAAGUGAGAAUCUGGAAGAUGAAAUAAACGAAAAGACUGUUGGUGCUCUUGUUGU